CGUAGCAUAAACAGUGGUGAGGACGCGUCGUUGUACAGGCGAAGAUUGAUCUGCGAUAGUCUGUGCGCCGUGUCGGAAGAGGGCUUCGCGUUAAGGACACUUUUUUCGCUUCCGAUUCGACUAGGGGAGGAAGUAAGCGGUACUCGAGGGGUGUGAGUUAUUUUGGGAGAGUGUGCGUGAAGGGUCCUUUCUCCGGCUAGGGUGACCAGCGACGGCCGCUCUGCGUACCGAGGUGCGUGCGCGAAGAAGUUCUCAUGACGAAUUGCACAGAAAUAGAACUGCGGUGAAGUCAGGCAUUUUCGUCGUCGUCGUCGAUCCGGUGGAGAUCAUAAGAAGUGCACCGACAGUUUCGCACAAGACUCGUCGGGUUAUUAAUAGUGCAACCGGAUCGGGUUUGGCCUACUACUAAUGAUUUAAUUACGGGAAGAGAUUAGUGCAAUGUGCUGAAUCAAGCAGCGCGAAGUCGCGGUCGUUGUCGUCGUUGCCGUAUUUGAAGGAAGUGAGUGAGUCGCAAGAAGAUCAUCUUCGUCUGCUGAUUCCGAGAAGAACUCCGGCUCGGAAAGUGAUUCGAGCAUACGUUUAUGCUAUCUUGACAUGCGAUAGCAGACCCGUGCGAGGGAGAAGCAAACUGUAGAAAAAUAAAAACGCGCCCGUUGUGCGAUCGUCCAAAAUAAGCGAGGACGGAACCAAAGCAUCGUUCUGUGGGCUAUUUCGUUUUUUCGGUUGAACCUUCUCGUCGAGGGCAGAUAUUGAUGGUGUUCAAACAAAACAUGCCCGAUUUGCUGGGUGCUUUUUGGUGGAAGGUGUAAUCUCCGGUGUUCGGAGAAGCUCCCGUGGAGUUCGCCCGGGUGGAAGCGCCAUAAUAGAGUCAAAUAAAUCAUCGGAUUUAUUUGACGGGUUUGGGCAAGCAGAGAGAGAGCGAAAAAAAUUUUAUUUUCAUUUUUAUGCUGUUCAGAUAGCGAUUUAUGAGUGCCACAAGUGAGUCCGCAGUCCGAACAGGUUCCACUGCAAUAGACGGCACACCUCAGAAAAAAAUGUGAAAAAAAUAAUCACAAUCGGAAUGCUGACCAAAUCUCUCCGCGGGUGAAUAUUAUAUCAUCUUUCGACAAAUCGAGCAAAUCGAAUGUAAAUUGAAUAAUACAUCAGGUUCGAGUGAAUACCCUAUUAUUUGAAGCCAAUCAGUGUGUCAUCACCAGUACCUCCUAGCGGGGCAAGCGUCGAUGUACGUCAUCCUCUAUGUCCGGCUCAGUCUUUAAGCCGUUUUUUGUCUGUGACCGGUGUGAUAAUAGAAGUUUGCUUGCACUGAAGAUGAUGAAGAAAUUCCCUACCCACCCGCAGCUGGGUCGCGGCUAAAGUGCCUACCAUACACGCGGGAGUCCAUCCCGGCGGGGAAGGUGUUAAUGAAGAAAUUAUAUGACCGUGUAGCUCGCAGCAGAGAGUGCUUGCUGAUGGAGGCAAUAUAAGCAUUUUUUUUUCUUUCUUCAUUUCGACCUGUAAGUGAUCCGACCACACUCCAGCUGGUGUCGAUGUGGGUCAUCGGAACAUGCAGAUUUGAAUUGGCAGCAGCCAGCCAGCAGUUCGAGCUUACUGUGGCAGAGUGGAGCAAUCAUCGAGCGACAUUUGAAGAUGACUGCAUAAGAAGUGUUCUGAAAGUAUGUUGUAGAGCAGAGGAAACAAUUGUGUUCUAGGCAAACCCUUAUUAGAAAAUGCACUCGUAGAGUGCCAAACAGUAGAGAAUAAACAAAUUUAUAUGCUGGCCGAAGCAACAAUUAACCUAACACCUAGGAGGGAAUCAAUGGCCGAAACACAACACAAAAGGUGAUUCAUACUGCCGUACGUCGGUCCUAACCCGAAGGGCUCCAACGCAAGAGAAGAACCGUUCGCCGAAAACGGAGAAUGUGAGAAACACGAUCGUUAUCUAUACCUGCAUAUUUAUGGUGGUGCAUAAACAUUACGAGUCAGAGUCAGCGUGAAGGAAGCGUCAUCGCAGUAGCCAGCGUCGCGCGCCACCGGCCGGGAAGGCGAAUGGAAACAAAAAGAUGUCAGAAAUGUUAGCGUGUUGAUUAUUCUGGCCGACAGCCAAACUGAAACUGGUGAUAAUUAGGUGAAUGAAUAUAGUGACGAAAUACAUUGUUUAGAGGGGGGUAAAAGUGCGAAGAAGUGCACCACAUAAAUAAGUGUGGAAACAACAUUUACAGACAGCGACGGCGGUCUAGAUCUCUGAAUGGGAUGAAUUUGAUAAUUGAAUAAGUUUUCUCGGCGUCUUGACAUGACGUGACGCGCGGUGUGGAAAUGUUGUGCUGAAGACAGGAAUCGGUGCAGAGAAAGUGAAGAUGAUCAAAAAUAUGGAUAACUUUUGGACGAUUGUGCUGAUUGUUGGAGUUUUCUCGCUAACAGAAGCUCAAUUCCGGACACCGCGGAUAACGGAACACCCAAGCGAUGUCCUGGUACCGAAGAAUGACCCCGUCACGCUCAACUGCAAGGCGGAGGGCAAACCGGAACCGCGAAUCGAGUGGUACAAGGACGGCGAACCGGUCAAGUUUACACCGAACCACGUCCUGCUGCCGUCCGGUUCGUUGUUCUUCCUGAGGACGGUUCACAGCAAGAAAGAACAGGACGGCGGCGUUUACUGGUGCCUAGCACAAAAUGCCGCUGGGAAGGUGCAGAGUCGGAAUGCAACGCUACAAAUUGCUGUACUCCGCGACGAAUUCCGGGUGGAACCGAAAGACACCCGGGUGGCGGCCGGCGAGACGGCCCUGCUGGAAUGCGGCGCCCCCAAGGGCAAUCCGGAGCCCACCAUCAGCUGGAAGAAGGACGAAAUAAUGCUCGACCUGGACGACUAUCGGUCGAGCAAGGAACCGGCCCGGGUUCGGAUCGUGGACGGUGGAAAUCUGCUGAUCAGCGACGUUCGACCAACCGACGAGGGGCGGUACCUGUGUAUCGCGCAAAACAUGGUCGGCUCCCGGGAGAGUUCCUCCGCCAAAUUGACAGUACAAGUUAAACCCUACUUCAUUAAUGAACCGACGGAUAUCACGGUGCUGGUUGGCCAACGAGUUCAGUUCCAUUGCACCGUCGGAGGCGAUCCGCAUCCGCAGAUUCUGUGGAAAAAAGAGAACGGCCACAUACCGGUAGGCCGAGCCGAGAUUUUGGAGGAAGAUCGCAGUUUGAUAAUCAAAAAUGUCGCUCAGGAUGAUCAAGGAAUGUACAUUUGCGAAGCACACAACUCCGUUGGUCAAAUCAACGCCAAGGCUCAUCUGGUUGUUAACUCACCUCCAACUUUCAUCAUCCGACCGCAGGAUCAACGAACGAACCUGAACGGUGUCGCAACGUUCAAGUGUACCGCUUCCGGAAAUCCUCCGCCGUCGGUAUUCUGGUCCAAAGAAGGCUCCCAGACUCUGAUGUUUACGAACAACACAUACGGAAAUAUACACAUAUCAAGCCAAGGAUCGCUUCAGGUUCGGGGGGCCCAGAAGGAAGAUGACGGUUAUUUCGUCUGCUCGGCACUCAGUGUGGCCGGUUCCACCACCAGUCGAGCGUAUCUUCAGGUCACCAGUUCCUUCGACAGUAGUCCACCUCCACUGCUGCAGGCAGUCCCAGCCAACCAGACUCUGCCGAGGGGAAGCAUUGCCCUACUACCCUGCCGUGGGUCUGGUCCAUCCAGUCCGAAACUCUACUGGAAGAAGAACGGCACCGACAUCACCGCUCUUGGAUCACGCUUUUCCAUCGUUCAAGGCGGAACGCUCAAAAUUGACGAUCUGCAACCGGAGGACUCCGAUUGGUACACAUGCGUGGCCUAUUCCGAGAAAGGCGAAACGGCGUGGAGUGCAUAUCUACUGGUCGAGAAAAAUCUAUCGGCAAUGCUUCAUCGGUCCCACAAUGCCGACCUGCUUCCGGCCGCCCCAUCGAUGCCGAAAGCGGUGAACAUCACCAACAGCAACGUAACACUGGUUUGGGCCAAGGUCGGAACCGGGGUCGGUGCGAUGCAGGAGAAACUCCGAAUCAAUCCCGUUAGCGGGUAUACGGUAGAAUUCUACAGCCCGGAUGAGAAAAAUGGCUGGAUUCGAGCUGUCAGUCGUUUGGCGGGAAACACAGCGACGAUAACUAAUCUUUCACCGUCGACGGCGUACAUCUUCGUGGUCCGGGCGGAGAACAUGUACGGUUACUCCGCCCCGUCGCCCCCCUCCAACGUGAUCCGGACGCUUUCCGCCGACGAUGGCGUCACGAUGCCGGAAGAGCUGGAAGCCGCCCGGAUGGUCCUGAAUGGGAAGAUUCUCGAGCUGGUCGAUGUGGUUGCGACGAGUUCGACCUCGGUGCGGCUCGAAUGGCAGCUGCACAUUUCCAGCACCGAGGAGUACAUCGAGGGUCUGUACGUGCGGUAUCGUGAUUUGAGCUCAACGUCGCAAAAAUACAGCAUGCUGACCAUUCCGAAUAAUGCGGCGGAGACGCAUCUGAUUACCGGAUUGAACAAAUUCACUCGUUACGAAUUCUUCCUAACGCCAUACUUUAAGAACGUCGAAGGUCAGCCCAGUAAUUCUAAAAUGGUGCAAACGUUGGAAGACGCUCCAACGGCGGCACCGGUUAACAUUCAAACCGGAAUGCUGAAUCUAACGGCCGGUUGGGUCCGGUGGUCUCCACCUCCACCGGAGCAUCAAAACGGAGUUCUCCUAGGUUAUAAAAUUCAGGUCAAACCAGGGAAUUCUUCCAAAACGCUCGCGUCAAUGACGCUGAAUGCCACCACUACUUCGGUCAUGUUGAACAACCUCACGACAGGAGCAACAUACCGUGCUCAGAUCGUUGCCUACAAUCGAGUAGGAGCUGGACCCUACUCAAAACCUGCCUAUCUGGUAAUGGAUCCCGCUCACGUCAUUGCCCCUCCGAGGGCUCACAACUCCCUGAGCGACAUUGGAGGUUAUAGACAGCAUAACUUUAUGCACGAAACAUGGUUCAUGAUCUUCGUGGCACUAGCGCUGUUGAUUAUACUGACCUUCACCGUCAUCGGUGCCGUCGUUUUCUUCAAAAAGAGACAAAGCAUGAGCAAGGCUAUUGUUACUGUACCGGUUAUUACAACCGGUGAAUUGGCUAGUAUGAAUAUAUCGCGAAAAGAUUGCCUUUGGAUUGACCGUGGCUGGCGAUCGACAGACACCGAUAAAGACUCGGGUUUGAGUGAGAUGAAGCUGUUGGAGGGCUCACAAAACCCCUCCAACUACACCGAUGUGGGAACCGACUAUGCGGAGGUUGAUCCGAGGAGCAUUACCUCAUUUUACAAUUGUCGGAAGUCUCCUGACAAUCCUUCCCCGUACGCCACUACCGUUCUGAUGAACGGUUUCCCGCAGGAAAAUGGCAAGCUACCCUAUCAAGGUGGAUCCAUGAACCACGAAGCCUACUCUUCAGCAGCAUCUAGUUGUCGAUCGGAUAUUCCGUACGGUCCGGGUCAUCCGAAACCCUUCGCUAUGCCGUACAGUGCAGCUCCCUCUAACUGGAUCGAUUUCCUACCACCUCCACCGGAACACCCACCACCCAUUCCGCAAGCUUUAGAUCACCAUCUGCAUCUGAAUCACGUCUAUCCGUCGGAGCUGGUCGGGAUGACCACCAGUUCCCAGGGUUCCCGCUGUGGCUCGACUCUGUCCAGCGGCCACAAUGCUCACCACUCAUAUCAAUAUGUAGAUCCCUCACUGCUAGGACGCGGCUCCUCCCGCAGUAGCAGCAACGAGCUGCGCAGCCCAACGGGGCCUCCCCAGCCGCCAACCCAUCUGUUCCUGCACCACAGCCAUCAACUUCCACCGCCACCGCAUUCAGCGUCCGCCCUCACCAAUCCCAGCGAAGUGUACUUCAACGACGAAAUCUACAACAGUCCGGUCAAAAGUGCCGAACAGGUUAUGAUGAUGAUGCCACCACCACCGACGCAGCAUCCCUUCAAGAUGCCCAGCUCUUCGUCAGCUUCGUCGAUCUCCUGCUGUCCGUCGAAUCAAUCGCGCGGUAGCCACAAUGGAGCUGGAUUGAAGCAUCAGGACUUUCUGGAGUAUCAACAGCAGCAGCAGCAGCAUCAGCUGGGGCAUCACCACCAGCAGGGUCCUGGCGAACUGCCGGCACAACAUUCGAAGCGAUUAUGCGGCAGUUGCGAUGCACUAACCGGGCUGCCGAUGAGAGGCCUCGCAUAUCCGCCGCUGGAGCGUACUCCUGACUCGUAUCACUCAAACCAUCAUCACCGGUUGCAGCACAGCAGCAGUAAUGGAAGUUCCGCUGGUGGAGGAGGAGGUGCUGGCAGUGGUAGCAGUGGAGGGACUCGUGAAACCAUGGGUACAGGUGGUGAAGGAGCUGGAGGGGGGGGCGAGCAUGAAAGUGCCACUGGCUUUAACAACACUUGCUCCUCGGAUGGUUCCGGAAGUGGCGCCAGCAGCAACAGCACUGGCUGCGGUGGCUUUUCCCAGCGAUCGAAAUUCGCUCGCAAAGUGCAUGUAAAUAUCGAAAAUGCCCUCAACGGGAACUAUCAUCAACACCAUCAUCAUAAUCAUCAACAUAAUCAUCAGAACGGACAUCAUCAUCAUCUUUUGCAUAAUCAGCAACAGCAGCAUCCGGAAGAGGCGAUCAGUGAGCAUGAUGAGACUGAGAACGACAAAAUGCUUAAUAGUUAUAGCGAAAAUACCGAAAAUGAGGUCACGGUAAGUAACGGCCAUGGAGGCGGCAGUUGUGACAUGGAUGACGAUGGCGACACGUGCUGCUCCUGCAGCGAUGGUUCGUACCUGUACGAGGAACCGAUUCAGGUCAAGUGAGAGCCAGCUGACGUUUAUCGUUAGUGAUUUUGGGACGUUGUCACCGCUCGUUCUCAAUUAGGAUUUUCCCAGCCCAGCACCUGGAUUCGGGUGUGGGUUUGUAUAUACAUGAGUAGUUGCAGUAGCGAGUAAAGUUAUCCAAUAUCACAGCGCAAAAAUAUUGGGAUUAUGUUUCGGAGCUGUUCGUUAGAUUCUGCUGCGGUAUCAAAGCAGAAAGAAUCAAUUUCUCCCCGGAGGGGUGUCAGGUCAUGAACGGAACAUAAAUUAGAAACUAAUCCCACCGAAGUCGAAGCGUUUGCUGCCCAGGCUGAAACCGAAUUUGGGAAGCCACUGAGCUCAGCACUAUCAUCAUUGUGCACAGGUGGGCACCGGCAAGAAACAAUCCUAUCCCCAAAUUGACACGCAACGGUGUGGUGAGGUAGAAACAAUUUUCCACCACGAGUUAAGCAUUCAGAUGCUACCGAUGAGUAACUAUUAAAUAUCGACGAGGUUCGGAAUACCAAACAGAGAAACAAUUCGAAACUGCGUAUCCUAACUCUAUCAUCCAAGUGGCAAUGUGAGUAUUGCUUUUGCGUUUAGUUUAGCAGUAGUAUCCUUCACCCUGUGUCUCUGAGUGUCGAGAGACAAACCGGCACGUAGACUCGCUCCUGCAGAGUUGCAUUUGCCGAACACGCUUUGCAUAGCAAAUUACUUACUUACAGACUCGCACACGUGCGCGUAGAUCGUGGAUAGUUGCUUAGGUUAGGUGCCACCUUGUGUGCCGUGAUGGAGACAAAGUUUACUUUUAUCUCCACCCCCGCCUGGUAUAUAUUAGAUUACUGUACGGUAGCAUCAUCGACACAGGGUCAAUUUGGUGUGAAUGGGGAAGAGCACUUUCUACCGUGGGCGAUGGGUCGAACCUGAAGGAAACAGGGCUAGACUUUAGUUAAUUUUAUUCCACUGAUUGUGAAUAGUGUUAAACUAAUUAUACCCAAGGUCUCGUUUGGGGUGAAAUUUUAUUUUAUCACGUUCAAACAUAUUAUUUACGAAAUUUUUGCAUGCUUUAAAUGUUCCCGAACACAAGAGCCGAUUUUCGCAUGAGCGUUUUACUUGGCAUUUCUUGGAAGCAAACAAUCAUUUAUUUGAAAUCUUAAACAAAAUGAAAUUAAACCUAGUAAAACAUUGUUUUACUUAUAUUGAAUGGUUUUUCCCAGUAUGCACAACAUGCUCUAAUUGUACAAAAUUUUUUCGUAAAGACAAGGGAAACCAUAGAAAGUCAAUCUUUACCAUUUUCUGUGAAUUUUCCAAACUAAUCGUUGAAAAACUUGGUUGUCAAUAACAAUAAUCAUUCUAUUUAUUUACUUAUUUAAUCAAAGAAACGUAAGAGAUCGUCCCAAUCGUAAUAUUCUCAUAUUUUUCAUAUUUGACAACCUCGAGCGAAUGCAAAUUGCACUAUUUUAAAAAAUUAUAUGAAAACUCAUGUUGCUCAAACAUAUAUAGCACAGAAAAAGGUAACUCGAACUCUUGCAACAGGUUUUGUGGAAUACGAUCGUUUUUAUGUUAACCCUGUUGAAAAGCAGAUGAAAAGAAAUCGUGCUAAAUAUUUCAUAAAUGUUUGAAUUUAGUUUCACUUAUCAGGCAAUUCAACCGUGUAGUAAAAAGUAAGGGUGCAAAUACAGGUCGGACUCGAUUAUCCGGAGGCACGAUCAUCCGGGGGCACGAUCAUCCGGGGGCACGAUCAUCCGGGGGCUCGAUUAUGCGGAGAAAAUGGCUCUAUUAUCCGAAAUCAUCUUAUUUUAUUCAAUUUCGGAUUGUUUUAAUGCAUAAAGAGAGGUGACACGAUUGAUUCGGCUCAUUAUGAUUAAAUUCACAAACAUCGGCAUACUGUCACUAGCUAAUUUGCACAUUUCAAGUCGGCAUAUUUACCGACUACAAUAUUCUUUUUAUCAACAAACCAACGGUUCUCGAUGAGUAAAAUAAACAAAAAUUGAAUAAAAAAUCGAGUCGAUCAUCCAGAGGAAUUUUUCGAUCGAGUACGACCUGUAUUGCUGACUUUUGAAAUCAAAGCAGAAUGAAUUGUCGUUUUCCGAAGCUAUGGUCGAAUUCUGGUUCAGGUACAUGAGAACGGAGACUGUUUUUUCAUGUUCAUGCAGUUCAUGAUACUGCAAAAUGGCCUAAAUUCUCAACCGUUGUAGAUGCCCCUACUGCCCUUCGAAGUCCUUCGAACUAUACGUUCAUUGGCAAUUUUCAAUGAAGAGAAAUCAGCUCCUUAGCACUCCAAAAGGCAACAAAUAUUUCACUUUCUUUUUCAUUCUGUCGUCUACGAGGCCCAUUUUUCUAUUACAGUUUCUUUCUACAGCCGUUUUAUUCAUUAGACGCAAAUAAUUUCAAUGAGAAUGGAAAGUUUUAAAUUUCCAUGCAAACGUAAAUGAUAAUUUUUAACGCUAGCUUUCAAACCGGAUUUAUUCAUUUUGUAAAGUGACUGCAAUCCGAUCACAGGUUUUGUGUUUUCCUACUGAGACUAUAACAGUUUCUAACAGUGAAUAGCACACCAUUUUUUGAUAGUAAACUCAUAAGUAUUAUAGUAAUGCGAUGUGGAAAACUCAGUUUUACUAUCUUAAUUGAAAACAUCUGGUUGUUUUUGAGAGGAGGUUGGUUUUAGUUUUCACAAAUCUGUGGACAUACUUAUAUGAUGGUGCGUCCGACACAGACGUGAGAUCCAAAAUCCAGCGCUGCAAAAGGUAAUCUACAAUCACCAGUACGCGGUCAACCGGUUUCCUCUGUUGGUCCGACCGCUAUAAAAGAGCUCGAGAUAUUUGAAAUCACUGGUUGAUCCAGUUCCUACUAAGUCAUCCUCUUGCAACAGUGAUCAAAUAGACAAUGAAGAAUUGAAUGUUUCAUACUAACUUUUAUAGGGGACUAUAGUGAGUUAUACUUCGGGUGGGCGUAUCGUUGUACACUCAAGCGAGUAGAACAACAUAUGAUUUACAAGACCAUACCGUUUGUAUACUUUAGUGUCUUUAUUGUUCAGUUUGAUUUAUACUGACACUGAGAGUUCCGCCUAGUAUGUGGCCUGGUUUCCAGCUCUAAUUAUUUUAAAUGUGUGCUCAACGCGGCUUUAAAGUUUUUAAUAGAACAGUAGUUGGCGUGUCAUAAUCAUAAUUUUCCGCAGUUGGUGGACGCAUCGCUAAUUUUUUGCAUUUGAAAAAUUUCGUGAUGCACUCGAUGCUUUCGAAUUUCUGUUUGCACCCCCAUGUUACCAUAAGACGUAAUUCUACGUCAGAAACCGGAAGAAUUUCUAAAAAUUGUUUGAUGAGCCCUCGUAAACAGCACAUACUUAAUUCAAAAUUUGCUAUAGAACGAACUGUUGAGGUAGACGUGUUUUGAACUGCUUUUAUUGUACAAAGCACUCUGUUCGUUUAUCUUGUUAAUUUUUUUCAUCAAAUUGCUGAUACUAUAGGAAUGGCUUUUCAGAUGUAUAUGUAAGAAUACAUUCAACAGCCUUUCAAUAUGGAAGAAUAUCAUCUGAGCAUAACAACAUAAAUUUCAGAGUAGGUUUUAUGAACAAACAAGAGGAGCAUCUAUGGGAAAUCCUCCUUCGCUAUUUUUCUUGUGAAUCUUAUAAAUUAAUUUUUGAAAAUCUUUUGAAUGAGAAAAAAAAACUGCCAACUUCUUCGUUUUGGUGCUAUUUUUCAAUUGUUUAAUUAGAAUAAUCCAUAUAAUUAUAAUUAUGGUAUUAGCCCAUAAAAGCAUAACUAUUCAUUGAAAAUUUUAUCAGUUUUGAGCAAAGUAUUAAAGUUCAGUAGUAUUCACAUCUUGAUUCAUCCUAAAAACUAAUUUUUAACCAACUGUUUACCUUUAAACCUUCACCUGUUCAAACAUUUUAUACCACUUUGAACUUUUUUUUUUUCAACAAUUGCGGAAAAAGUCGUGUGAAUUAUUAUUUACUCUGAAACAGUUUUACCGAAUUGCUUUAAUGAAAAUGAAGUAAUUUUACAAAAUAAAAUCCUCACAAUCACGGUAAAUUAAAAAAAAUUGCAUGCUGCAAGACUGGGUUAUCUGAAAAAUCUAACAGAUUUGAAAAUUUCUUGCCACCAAAAUCCACAAUAAUUCAUCAAACUUUAUUAUUCAGAUAUUGAAUUAGGUAGGUACGUAUGAAACAGAUAUUAAAUAUACCGUAUAGAAUCAGCGUUUAUUUCAAAUAAAAACAUGCAUAUUAACUUGCAGUAACUCUAAAAUUAGCAUAAAAACAAAUUGUUGAGUUAGACCAGCGGUUCUCAACCCGGAGUAGCGUACCCCUGGGGGUACUUUAAAGCCUCCAGGGAUUACGCUAAAAAACCAUCAGUAAUGGCGGACAAAGCAAAUUACACAAUGUUUGAGAUAAAAUGUUCAAAAAAGAUAUUUUCUGUUGUUUUAUUGGAGAGAACUACUCACUUUAUUACAGAUUAAAUCAGUUGUUUUCACAAAUUACCAUUUGAUAAAUCAUACAAAAUAAUAGGGGUACAAUUGAUUUGUAAAUUAUUGCAAAGGGGUACGCGAACAAAAAAAGGUUGAGAACCGCUGAGUUAGACGAUGGAAAAAUUAAAAAAUCGUAAAAAUUUACACCGGUUUAUGAGAAACCCGCUUAUGAAAAAUAAAAUAUUUCUAAGAAGCACUGAAAUUGUUGUUACAAAAAUUUUGUUCCAACAUGGUUAUUUAGAACAUCACUUUGGAAAAUUAUGUAGGAUAAUGGCACGUAAAUUAAAACGCAUCUAUUCACCAAAUAAAGUGCAUUAAAAUUACGCCCGUUUGAGAACUUAUGGUGAUUCAAAAAUUCUCGAAAAUUUUCGAUUUUUUUAUAGAAAUCCUAUAUGUUACGAAUGUUAAAUUGCAAAUUUGAAGUUAUUUCAUUCAAAUGCUUGAAACCGCAAGAAUUCAAUGAUCAAAUUGCUUAAAAAUCUCGAUAACCUAAAAUUCAUAGAAUACAUAGGCAACCUAUUCGAAUUUGCAAAUGCUAAAUCUGUAGCGCAAACCGCGUUGAUUUGUAAAUAAGGUGGAAUUUUUGUCAAUUGAAAAUACAAUCACUAAAUUAUAAUUACCCAAUGUAUUCAAUAUUUUUAUCAAAAAUAUAGAAUCAUUUAUUACAAACUUUACGUGAAAAAACGUUCUCACGGUCUUCUCCGAACGGCCUGUAUCGGGAUUCUUGCUAAAAAUAUUUUUUGCUGAUCGUCCCUCCGGCAUCCUAGCUACAUGCCCAGGACACGGUAACCAACCGUGUUUUAUCCGCUUGACUAUUUUCGCCGAUUUGUAUGCUUGGUACACUUCAUAGUUCAUGUGUCUGCACAAGAUUCCAUGCUCAAAAACUCUAAGCUCGUCGAUUAGCUUUUCUCAGUGUCCAUGCUUCUGGCCACCGGGAGAAUCAGUGUUUUAUAAAGUUCUAGCCGGCAAGGCUGCGAUACCCUCAUCCGAAGGAAACCCUGUUUGCGGCCGCUAUCCACCUUUAUAUUUCACAGUUUACUUUAUAAUCGUACGUUUAGUGACGACUAGUGUACCCAGGUAAAUAAAUUCGUCGACUGCUUCAAAUGAUUCCCUAUCAUUUGGAGCACCAACAUCCGAUGGACUAUCACGCUUUGUACCAGCCACCAUGCUCUUCGUUUUAGCGGACUUUCUGUCAAACCCAGUUCUCUAAGUUUCCCUGUUGAGAGGUCCAAAAGCCUCUUCCACUACGGUUAAAACUAAUGAUGUCGAUAUCGUCCGCAAAACCGUGGAGUAUGUGAGGCUUCGUCAUGAUGAUGUCUAACACUUUUCGAUGCGAUAUUGAGCAAUAAGUUUGACAGCCCGUCACACUGCUUCAAACCAUCUAAUGUCACGAAAGCGUCCGCUAUCUGACCGACUACUCUGACGGAUCACGUUGCACGGGUCAGUCUAAUUAGUUUUCUUGGAAAACCAUGUACAAACAUUUUCUACCAUAACUUAUUUCUUUUAACUGAAUCGUACGCUGCUUUGAAGCCUAUGAACAGAUGGUAGGUCUGUCAGUUGAAUUUUCGCAAUUCAUCGAGGAUUUGUCGCGAAGCUAACAGCGUUCAGUCGGUGGAACGGGAUGCGGGAGAGAAUUUUAUACACUAUAGUGAGAAGAGUUAUGCCUCGACAGUUACUACGGUGCAGGCUGCGGCCUUUUUUUUUAUUUAGUUCUUACGAGACCUUUCAACCAGUCCGAGGGCAAUUCUCCAUCAGCUCACACUUUAAGCAUGAUCCGAUGGAUGGUUGUUCGCUCGCGACUAAAAUAAUUCCCAAAAUGAAUUUUAAAGAGAUGAAAAAUCGCGCAUAAAAAACCGUAUGAAUAUAAAAAAUCGUUGAAAUCUGGAAGAAUGAACAUUUCCUUUCACAAAAUAAUUCGGAAUAACUGAACUGCAAUUAUAAUUGUUAAGCUUCAAUGAAAAUUUAGAUGUGAGGUGAUGCCGUAGCAUCACUCACCGGGAAUGGGUUAAAAAGGAGGUAAUGAUGGUGAUCGGCGAUAAACAUUCGAUCUUUUUCAGCGUGUGAGUCAACUUCGUCUUUCAGUCGGUUCUAUCAUUUAUCGUACGAUAUGCCAGUCCGAGUGAAUCAAUUCGGAGAUUCGCUGAGAUAAUUCAUUCUCUCCCAGAGAUGGAAUUUCCAAUAGCUCUACAAACCGAUUGUGUCACUCUUCGCUGAUAGAAUACAAGUGUCAAAAUAAAAGAGAAGAACCACGAGACGAUAAUUAUCGGAAAAGAGAAGUGAUUGCGAUCGCUUGAACAAUUAUCCCCCUUUCUUUCUGAGUCGCAAGUGUUGACAGUCAAAUAGGGUUUUCAUCGUUUAACAGAAUGUUGCUAGCUGUUGUUCACUGUCACUGUUGUUUGUUCACUGAUGUAUGUUGGCCGAUAUCGGAGUUUUUUUUAAACAAGCAACAAAAAAUCCAAAUCGGAAUGCACACAAAAUCCAAACCGGAAAAAAAAUCCGCAAAUAUAAAUAGGUUCGAAAAAAGUAAGCAAGCUAUGCAAAAAGGAACAAAAAACAUUUUCCAUUUGAAAAAACAAAAUCACCCACGGACUCUGAAAAUUGUUUUGUGCUGCUUUUAAGUUUAAGUAGACCGCUUGCAGUUUUUUCCCUCUCUGAGUUUUUGGUUUGCGAUACAAUUUUACGAUUAUCGGAACACUCUCACUCACAAGGUGAUUCAAACCAAAGAUUUUCGUUCCACGGCUUGAUCGGAUCUAGAGACGAUAAUGAAUUACCGACUGGAGCAAAUGAGACAAUCGAAACAUCGUAUUAACGACCGACGAUAAUCUCGCAUACGGAGUUUGAAAAUUUUUCCGUUACAAAAAUAACUUCCACAAGGCAGUGCGUGUGGUGGAUCGAGGCGUGCUAGAAAUGGGACACAACAGAAGAGGGUGAUCGAUAUUAUUCUUAGGGGAGAUUACCUUUCCAGUAGUUUAAUUGGCCAAAACACCAUGGCGGAGACAUCGGAGAUUGCGGGUUCGUAUCUCUCUGGAUGAGGAAAUUUUUUUAAAAGUCACACGUUUUGUCUUUAUUCGUUUUUCGUAUCCUCUUAAAAAUUAAUAAAGGGCCCACUUUACUAAACUCUAUAAUACGAUUAUUAAAAUAAAAUGCAUAAAAGAACCAUGAUAAAAUAUAGUAAACUAGAAAUUGUUGUUAAAAAAUCCAAAUCACUAUGAAAAAAAUCAGAUUUUCAGAUUCAUAAUGAUUUGUUACGGUUAAUAAUUUGUAAAACUCGACAAAUUGUGUGUAACUAGAGAAACUUUUAACAAGAAACGGGAUGAUUGAAAAUAUAGCAGAAACUAACGCUUAUCUUGAAAAGAAUCUGUGCAAAGCUACAUUACUUGCAUUGUUGCAUUGGAGGCAAACUUCUUCUUUUCAAUAUUUUUUUCGAGGAUAGACGGUAAGAUUACUAUAGACUAUCUUUUAUUAAUACGUUGAUGUCAAUGUGGUGAUCCUGAAACAAGUUGAAAAGGCAUUCGAGGUCGAUUUACAAUGUCUGGGUUUCAUUCCGAUUACAAAAAUACCCUUCCGGAAACAGGUAGUCACUAUGUUUUAAUGAUAUCGGCUGAAGUCGACAUGCGGCCAGUUUUUGCCGCUUUCAGAAACUGUAGUAACCAACUUUGAUGUCAUGAUUUCGUCUGGGAUCGGUUUUUAGCCUCUCAAUUCCAGAAAUACCGAUGUUCGGCAGAGUUUGGACAUUUUUGGCUGAUUCCCAUAACCGAAAGUAACCAUCUUGAAAUUCAAAAUGGUUUCUGGGGUCGAUUUCCGACCUAUAGAUGAACCCAUAUUGGAUGAAAUUUGACCUUGUUCAGAGGUGUAAAUUUUCGCAUUCUUAGCUAAUUUUACAAACAAUUGCCGCUGAAGUGAAGGAAAUCCGUUGGAAACUACCCGAGUAACAAGCAUUUUAAAUUGGACAAAAAUGGUUUUGGAUAUGUUCCGAUUUGAAAUUUUCAUCUCAUACCCUUCUCCGGAAGCUCCUUAAAAACGUAGCUCUACGUCAGAAAACCUUAUGUGCAAAUUUCUUUAUUUUUAAAUAAAGAAAUUAAGGACUCAAGGAUUUUGCAUUAGAUCAUCAAAAGGCCACAAUUUAUAAGUUUUUGAAACCCUAAUGCACUCCUGAUUUGACUAGGAGCACCAAAAUUCACAGGAGUCGUUAAAAAUCAUCAAUCUAUCAUUUUUUCCAGUUUGAGCUCUAGGGCUUUUUUCACAUUUAAAGGCAGAUGAUUAAUACAAUUGCGUAAAACUGCGUUAAUUGAAAAAAAUAAAUCAAGGUAGUUAUGAAAAUUGUGUAAGACGAUCUCGUAAACAGUUUGGACAAAAUAAAAAACUGGCAUACAAAACAGUGAGUGUAGUAGAAUUUGGGUUAAAAGGUACAUUAAUUUGAAAAAUUCGCCAUACUUCGUGUACAUACUUCUACUUGGAAUAAUUACGCGUUUAUAAUAACGCUCUAAUUUACCGGAUCACAUGGAAAAACUUCAAUUUAUCGUCUCAAAUUAGGUACAAAUGUCGAGAAUUUUAGUAAUUUUUCGCAAUCAAAAAUUGAGAAAAACUGCGUUGAAAAUUCAAUUCUAUCUUUAAAAGUAACGAACUCCAAACAAUGAUCACGCUAACUAAAAAAAUCGCAUACAAUGUUUCUUGAUUUAAAAAAAAAACAGUUAUAAAAAUUGCACCAAUUUGGGUACGAAAAUUAAAUGAAACAUCUUUGUAUUGAAACCACUUUUAAACAAAAAAAAAAUGCGUUGAAAUUCGGCAUUUUUUCCCAUGAAAAGUCUUGACAAUUUUAAAUUCAUGAAAACAUAAAACAAACAAGUUCCAUAAAUAUGCAAAAACACAGCUUUGGAUGAAACUGUUCGUUGAAAUAGCGUUAGUCCGUUAAAUCGCUGCGUGAAAACGGCAGUCAUUCGAAAAAAAAAAUAUAUCUCGCUUAAUAAAUACCUUGGGUUGAAACUUUCGUAAAUUUUCCAAAUUCGUGAAAAUGAGAACCGCUGUGUAAAAACUCUAUCAUGUUUAAUAAAAAUUGCGUGUUAGCAAAAUUGUGUUCAAAUCGCGUUGAAAAAGUCACGAAUCGAAAGAAAAAAACCUCAGUGCACCAAAAUCAGUUUGAACCUUGUAUUGAUAACUGUUAUAAUGAUGGUGAAAUUGUUACUUACAGUUACUUUUCCUGAUUCAAACAAUUUUUAUUAUUAAAGUUUUUGUUUUAAUUUUGCUAGUAUGAACACUAGCGUUCUUCAGACGUUCAUAUUUUGUAGCAUUUAAAAAAAAACUUAAAUUUAUGAUUUUUAGUGUUCAUCGAUUCUUCGCUCCUAAAAAUUUCUCAAGCCUGCUGUCAGUACUGUCACAUUUCAUGACAUUGGUACACCGUUUUACUAACAUGCCCGAAUCCAACCGAUUCCGCGAGGCGGCCCUGGUUUGGUUGUCAAAUACUCAAACCACUACCGCCGUAAAUCAUUUAGUGUUUUCGAAACACAAUAAAAGCAAACAGAAAAAACAUUGAUACAAUCAACACACUCCGUUCAUGACUGACUCUACCGCAAAUACCGGGGGGAAAAGUAAUUUUCAUUUCCAGCAAACAUUUGCAAAUUGACAACGAUCAAUUCGAAUCGAAUGCGCAGUAACUUUAUCGACCCAUCAUCAUCACAAUUAAACGUUGAGUUGUAAAGAGCAAAAAGCUGUCACAAAAUUAAUGCCCGAAUUUGUACGAAUCUGCAAACUGCGAAUAAUAAACGAACAAAAAAAACACACAGUCUAAAAUUAAUCGCCUAGCAAUUAAGAUUAAUCGAAGUUAAAAGCAUACAUAGUUGUACCUGUGAUAUUAUUUUAAUGUGAUCUUGAUUGAACAUAUGACGAAACAAAAAAACAUGAAUCGAAUUAAUUUGGUUGUUUAUCAGUUGAGUUCAAAAUGUUCGAAGCAGACGAAGAAGUCCCGCCUCUUUGAUCGAUACACUUACAAGCACAUAUGAAUUUUUGGGUUGUAAUUAAAAUCGUUAGUGAUUUAGCUAGCAAUUGGUUGUGCGGAGAAUUUUUUGGUAUAAUUCUAAGUUUUUCAAUAGUAGGUAAUAACGACUGUAAAUACUCCACUCCAAUGCAAUUGUAAAUAAGAGGGCAAUCAACUCAUACUUCCUAUCAGUGCUAUAUUUGUGUACGGUAAUCAAACAGAUAAACGCAACAGAAAUAUUAAGACAACCGAAUAGGUUUAGUCACUAAGUCACUAACUUAUUACGAUCCGUGGAAACCGCUUACCCACUGUACGUACCAAUUUUUGAAACCAACUUUAUUCACGGUUAGAAAAAGACCGCACAAAACACACUCGAAAUUUGAGCUCUGAAGCGUCAUAGAAUAAAAUAAUGUAGAAAUAAAACCGUAAAAUAAUCACAACCCUUUCACGGAUCAUCAAACAUGUUUCGAAAAACCCCAAUAUCGGAUGGACGGAAGCAUAAUACCGCGCAAUACUAAUUAGUAGCAUUAUUUAUUAACGUGACCUAAUAAUAUUCUCAAAACGGCAAACAGAAAACCUACUAAAAUAUGAACGAAAAUCCUCAUGACACUUCUUCUUUAGAACAGGAAAGCGCCGUAUCGCAAACGGAAACCAGAGUGAACGGUUUUGUAAAUAAAUCUAAACUAUUUGAAUAUAACA